UGAUCUUCGAAUUCACCCAUCCACAUACAACAAGGCUGUUAGACUUCACCUCUUUACAACUUUUUUCGUCCUCCUCUUCUCAUCAAGCAGCCUUGAAACAUGGCUGCCAGCCGUCUCUGGGAAUACACCAAACAGCGGAAGGAUCUUUUCGCUCUUCCUGACGAGGAUUUCCUGCGUCUCAUACAUGCCGAUUUCCAGAAAGAGCUUGUCCAUCUUCAGCGUGCCUACACCGUGGAGCGCAGAGGAAGUGCUCAGCCAGGCGCCGGGUCCUUAGGGACAACGUCCCCGUCCCGCAUCUUAUACGGGAAGGAUUACGACGAGGUCAAUCGGACGCUUGUCGGGGCGCUGUGUAUGAAAUGGAUUUUCGACAACCGGUACGAUACCUUUGUCGCGAACCAGGCCGAGUCCCUGAGGCUCUCGCGCGAAUCGUUCGCGUGGAUGCACAAUUUCUACGAGGAAUCCAUCAGGACGCCGACUGAAUUAUACGCCCUCAUCACCUCUGUAGUCGUAAAUGAUGUGGGAAAGGACGACGAACUCUCUAGGAGGUACAUGGAAAAGACCGGUGAGGACAUCUCGGCCUUGAACCACGACAUGAUCCUCUUGAAGGCUGUCAGAGCCGAUCUUCUGACGUGUUUCGAGCGCCUGCCGCCCGAGGACCUGGAUAACAUCAUCCGAAACAUCGAGCUCGCCGCCGAAUUCAACCUAGCGCAGUUAGCUCAGGCCGAAAAUGCGCCCGCCUCUCUGGGCAGCCUCUUGAAGAUGAGGGGUCACUCGCAGAGCUUUAAACUCCGUUUCAUGGAGCAGAUAUUGGACGUCGCCGGGGCCGCCGGCCACUUGAACUGGAAUGGCGCGCAAAGGCUGACCCAGUCCAACUUCGAUGCUCUGAAAACCGGGUUUGAGGCCGGGAUGGAUAUAAUAUCCGGGGGGCGAACCCCGCGUCAGGGCUACGAUUCAGUCCUUGAGCGCCGGCUGAAUCUACUUCGCGAAAAGGGCUUCCGAUCGCUGCAGUUAAGCAAGCCGGAGGAUCGGGCCCUUGCGCGGAUCCUAUGCAUGGGUAGCGUGGCCGACCAGGCGACCGCUGACGUGUACGACCAGGCUUGGACGACUCUUGAAGAAACAGCUAGGAAAUCACUGGCCAAGCAUCUCAACAUUGACGGAUCUACCAAAGAGCCUGCGGUACAGGUCACAUACGUCCCGGCCAUGAUAACACAGGUGGUGAACACGGGCGGGCCUGUGAGAUCAGAGAAGACCGGAUUGGUGGACAAGGCGAUAGCAGAGAAGAAAGUGAAAGCACUGCAAAGUGGGCUCAGAUAUCUAAACAAGGUUUUGUCUGCCCCCGAGAGACCGGAGGGUCAGGUCACCGUCAUCGAGCGAAACGUCCGAGCGACCGUGAUGAACGUCGUGCAGAGCCCGCAAUUUCAAACAGACCCAACAAUCUUGGAACAGGCCCCAAUACCAAGGAGUCAAGUUGCUAUGUGAACGGGCGGGGCGCCGGUUUAUGAGGGCUGCCGUACCAUAGAGUCGAUCGGAGGAGUAUCCGAAGGCGUUACCGGGGCAGCCGUUAGGGAUGUAGAGCAGUAGGCAGCAAUGCCAUCCCAAACAUAAUGUAGUGGCUUGAUCGUUGGCUUUUAUGCCGAUAUACUCCACCUAUAAUCGACCGAGCCUUUCACUAUAUAGAUAAUAACUUGUGAAAGCGAGUUCUUGCUGAAUUCAUUACUUAAACAUCGACA